AUGGAUGGAAAGAGCACGUGCAGUCGGAGCCGUGCCGUCCCGCCUCACAGCAGGCGUGAGCAAGCCGAGGUCAGACGAUUGGAAACGCCAGUCGCACCGGUGGAGGGGUCAGAGGUCCGAGGGGGAGACUGCUUUAGGUGUCUGCUGCUGGAGUGGAGGGGGUCAGUGGUGGGGGUCCGCGGAGGGAGAUUAGCAGGUAAGGCUGAGGGGCCAGAGGUGAACAUGGGCUGUUUGUACAAGGACUGGAGCAGAGGUGAGGGGGGGGGGGGGGGGAGCGCAAAUGGAUCAGGCUGCAGGGAGAAGCCCGUCAGAAGCAACGUAAACCAAUAG